AUGCAUGCUGAAGCAAUUGAUGAUUUUCUAAAGAUGAAUCGAGAGGAAAAUGUUGAAGGACAUUUAUCAGUAACAGAAAUUUGCGAGAUUCUCACUAACCAAAAUAUUAAUGAACACUUUUCAAAAUUAUUGUCAUCUAGAGAAAAAAUUGAAAAUAUAAAUAUAAAUUCAAAGAUGAGUUAUAAAAGCAAAUCUAUUCCUCGUAUUACAGCAUUUUAUCAAG